UCUCCGGUCGUGCUUCCCUUUUCUUUCUGGUUUCAUUAUGUCUCCUCCUCUCUUCUUUCUAGGCCUCUCCUGCUCUCUCUCUGUGUUCUGGAACGGCAGAGGGAAGAGCGACGAAGCAGCCGAGAUGUGCUGCCUGCUUAUCUGUUCUUGAGAGGGAGCAGAAAAAAAAGGUUCCGAAUCCCCUCUUCCUCUGGCCGGCAGGUGUCUCCUAAAACUGUCUCCGUUUCUAGUCCUCCUUCGAACAGCCUCCCUUUCUCCCUCUUCACGACGCUGGUCUUCGAAAUUUCACUCUCAUCGAGAAGGGAACGUGCUUGGAUUCCAGAAAAAAUUCGUAAACAUCCUUUUCCGCACCUCCUAUAUGUCGGCCCAGAAAGGGCCGUCUCUCUUCGAAAUACCCAAGCCCUCUUUGUAUAGAUACGCUUGUAAAUAUAAACACUUACACAUAUCUAUCUAUCUAUCUAUCUAUAUAUAUAUAUAUAUAUAUAUAUGGAUCUGUGCUUGGCUAUAUAUAUUUGUGUGUGUGUGGCGGUGUAUGUCUAUUCGUACAGGAGUGUGUGUAUUAUAAGUGUGUUUGCGUUUCUUGUUGUGUGUAAAUAUCUGUCUGGCUUCGUCAAGGUUGUGUGAGGUUGCAGAUAAGCUGCGUACGUCUGUCUUGCAGUGUGUUCACUGUUCGUCUCGCCCUCGCGAUUUCCUCGUGAGGCGUUCGGAAGUGAUGAGGUCGCAGGAGUGGAAGAAGUCUCGAGAGGAAGUUUUAAGGAGCGACGAGUCGAUUUCAAAUAUGGGGCAAAGAUUCGCAUUGCUCUUCAUGCGUCGGCGAGGCGUGGACGCGUGGUUGUAGCCCUGCGCGUCUUCUCUCCAGGCAGACAGCGAAAACACCAGAUGGAGAGAAACCUGAACUGUUGGCCUGUUGAGCUUGUUCGUCGGCUGUGUUGACUUUCUGAAAACCAGCGCUGCUCGCAGAACUAUGGAAAGACUGGGGAAGAUGCGGGGCGUUGCCCCCUACCGCUGGUCUCUUGGCUUGUCGCUUACGUCUCUGUCUUUCGUCUUCUUUUUUCUCUUCCUUCUUUUCCACAGUUCGAGAGAAUCACCGCACAUUUUUCUCUCUCCUCUCUGUGUGUUCGCCUCUGCUCUGUCGUCGGCACGUCCCGCUUCGCCCUCCCGUUCUCUCUUCGGAUCCUUUCCUUCUUCUCUUUCUUCUCGUUCGUUUUCUCUCUCAUCUGCUGGUGUUUUUUGUGCCUCUCGGCUCUCGCCUUUGCAUUUAGUUGGACGCUCGCAUGAAGGAAAGGCAAGAAUCGAUUCGACAGGACGAAGCGACGGUGUGAGGAGACGAGGAAGAAGAAGCGUGUGGGGUGGAGACGCCUCGGCUGAAGAAGAGAGACGCGCGACAAGGCGGAUGGAAGAGCGCUGCGGGGCAGUGAAGGCCUCCUUGUCUCUUUCUGUUUCUUGCUCGUCUCCUCGGCUCUCCUUCGUUCUGGGUUCAGGCUGCUUCUCUUCUCUGCGUCCAGAUCCAUCUCGUCUUUCUCCCCUUUUUUCUUCGCGUUGCUCCUCUCUUUGCCGCUCGCCUACAGCUCUGAGGCCUCCUCUCUUGCGGGCAGUUGGAUGUCAUAAGGCUGUUGCGGAAGUGUCUCCAGUGAACGCAAUGUCCGCCGCUUUCUCCCCGGCUUCUUCUCUCUCGUUGUCACCUCUCUCUGCAGCUUCUCUGGCCUCUUUCUUUCCUGCCUCUGUCGCUCCUCGCCGUCACAGUGGCGAGAGACAAGGUGACUUCUGCCCGAGAGUCUGUGACCUCAGUUCGCGACGCAAUCGAGGAACGAAGAGCCAGAGUUCCCUCCAAAUGGUCAAGAAGUAUUUGGGGUUGCGUGCACCCGACGACCCCCGAGACUACCUUUUCGACAUUCGGUGGCCUGACCAGAAACCGGAGAUUGAAUUGUUAGCUCGAAAGAUCGACAUGACUGCCUGCUUCUCGCCGGAUGGACAAGCCGAGCCUGUUACACUUCUUCAGGUCCUACCGGCAACGAUUGUCCAGUUCCUCGAAUACGGAAAGGCAGUUGUCUCCUAUGACCUGCCAAGACGUCGGCGUCUUUUUGUGAAGAGGCCGACCCUAGGCAAGCUGCAGCGAGUCGGAGCCACGGGAUUCGAGACAGCGACUGUGACGGUCCGCCCCCCAAAUGAAUUUGUGCUCGGCCAAAUUUUGGACGUUUCUUCUCUGUUGGGAGCCAAGCGCGUUCACGUCCGAGCAGUGAAGAAGGGGAAGGGAUUCCAAGGCACAGUUUCUCGAUUCGGAUUUCACAGAGGUCCGAUGACGCACGGUUCGACUCAUCACCGGGGACCAGGGUCUGUGGGAGCGGGCACCGACCCCGGCCGCGUUUUGCCCGGCACUCGGAUGGCGGGUCGCGACAAGGCAAAGGUGGCGACUGUGCGAAACUUACGCGUUUUGGGUUUCAAUCCGAAGCAAAAUCUGUUAAUUGUGCGUGGAAGCGUGCCGGGAUGGGACAUGCGCACGGUGGUUCGAGUGGUCUGGGAACGGUGGAGAGAAGAGUGCAUCGAAGAUCGCUCGCGGCUGAUUGAGAAGGAGCGCGAGGACCGCUUGAAACUCGUGGGAGCAGUCAAGUCAAGUGGAGUUAAGUCGGCGAAGAAUAUCGGCCCAAAGAAGGGAGGGGGAAAGAAAAAGAAGUGAGGCGAAAAACAAGGGAAACACUAGAGGCAACCGAGAGGCCAUAUCUUCGGUGGUGGGUUCAGAAAAAACACGUGCGGU